UCUUCAGGACUCAUUUAUCUUGAUUUUAGUCAGCAGGUCAGUUUGACCCAGGGCAGAAUAGUGUCUCAAGUUCAAUUAUAAAGAUGAUACCUUCAAAAAAAAAAUCUAAAUGUAAUAUAAAAAAAUUUACAAAAAGUCACUUUCAAAGAUACUUAGUGUUAUUUUGUGUUUAGGUUUUUCAGUGGGCAUAAAAAAAUGUAAAUCACAUUUUUUAUGUCCAAAUGAGUAAAUUGUCAUUAAUCCUUCAUUUGUGAGGAAUAAAACAGAAUUGCACAAAUAUUGAUUGAAAUGGUUAGCAUUGGAGUUGAUAAUCAUACACAAAAAAGAUUUGGAGGAUUUUUUUGGUUUCUGACAAUAUUGCAUGACUAAACACUCCCCGGGUCAAAUUGACCCACGAACAUUAUUGGUAUAGCUAAGAAACGAACAUAACAGGAGGGUUAAAUUAAAUCUCCAUAUUCUUUCUGUGAUUAUCAGCGUCUUUAUUAAAGCUUACUUGAAAUAUGUGAUUUUCUGUCGGCCAAAGUCUGGCCCGCCUGUCUGGAAUGGCCUUAAAGGCGCAGAGUCGCUGUCUGCAGCCGCAGGGAUCCGACGGGCAGCGGGUUCGGUGAAAAUGCGCCAGGAAGUUCUGGUUCUGGGUGACCUGGCAGCGGUUCCUGUCCUCUGCUCCGCCACACACCGGACCUCUGAGGGCUGCAGGGACUGAAACGGUGAGCCGAACCUGCUGCUUUUACCUCAGCCUGGUGAGCUAACUGCGGCUAGCAGGCUAACCUCACAGCUGUAGUGAUGGAGUCUGACGCUGUUCCAGAUGUUUCACAGAUGUCUCUCCCUGUCAGACUGGAGCUGACAGUCUCACUCAGGACUUGGUAACAGCUCAGUCUGGGAUGUGCAGCUCUCCAAGUGCCACUUGACUGGUUGUAGGCUGGUUUUCUCAUGCACUCUGCAGUAAAGUGUUAUUAUCAGUGGAGAACCUGCAGAGAUGUGCAGCUGUCUGUAAAAUCAACCUGUUAAACUAGAACAACACUGUGCUGUCAGUAAGUAUGAUCUGCUGCUUUGUGUCUGAUGGGUGACGCAUGACAUGCAAUAGAAAUGAACAUAUUUGACUGCAGGAUGUGGAAACUCCUGCUUUUAAAGGAAUGAGUAUGUGCUGAUGAGUGAUCAUCUGCAGAAUAUUUUAGUUAAAUGUUGAUCAUAAUCUCAGUUUGAUUCUGUAUAUUUUGGUUAAUUUAUAUAAUGCAUGCACUGGUUUGCAUGCAUUCUCUUCAUUCAAACCAGAAGAGCUGAACUCUUCAAUAGAAACAAUACUUUAGCUUCAAAGCAGCAAUUAUUUGUUUUGAAGCUUAAUUUUCCAGUUGAAGAGACUGGCAGCUGAAUAAGGAUGGGAAUGUAACUGAACAAAAUUCUGGAUAAAGAUUGCAUGCUCUCCUUGUGCGUGCAUGGGUUCUUUCCAGGUACUCUAACUUCCUCUGAGGUCUGAAAACAUGCCUGUUUGGUUAAUUUGUUUCUUAAAAUUGGUCUUAGAGAUGAGUGUGUGUCUCUGUGAUGGAGUGGUGACCAUUGCAAAGUGUAGCCGGCGUUUCAUACGAUGACAAAGCACAAGAUCCCUUGUGAUGAGAUUGAGCUGCAAACAGUAAGCAGUGGGUCCAUUCUCACACCUAAGUUCAUAAUAAUAGUUUUCUCAUGUGAGUUCUGGUUAGAAAGGUUGAUACUUGUGUUGUUGUGCCUAAACAACAUAACUUCAGCCUUAUUAAUCAUCAAAAUUAAGAUGGUUCACCGCCAUGACAACCAGGCAAUCAAGCAAAGACUGAACAGAGCAGAAAUGUGCUGUAGGGGAAAAUUACCUGAGCAGUAAUCAUAAAAAUGAGACAAAAUAUUAUCAAUUUAGGGGAAAAAGCAUGAAGUGUCACAAGGUAUAAAGAAAAACAAAGAGGUAUCAGAAUUAAGCCUUGUGGUACGCCCCAUGAGAGGUCCGGAGAAGUGAAAAUAAAAUCAUUAAUACCGACAUAAAAACUUCAACAAAAACUUUGAAACUUGAUUGUGUUAAAAGCUGCAGGAUCCUGACCGUCUUCCUCCUGCAGAUGCAGUCGGUUCCCAUGGAGGUGGGGAGCAGCAGCAGCUCAGGCGGGUCGGCGGUGGAGGUCAGCUUCCCCGGCGCUCAGACCUCGGUGCUGGACAGCCUCAACCGGCAGAGAGAGGACGGCAGCCUCUGCGAUCUGUCCAUCCACGUUCAGGGACACGUCUUCAAGGCGCACCGCUGCGUCCUGGCCGCGUCCUCGCCCUACUUCCAUGAUCAGGUGCUGCUGAAGAACAUGUCGACGGUCUCCAUCCCCGCGGUGAUGGACCCGCUGGCGUUCGAGAGCGUCCUGAGCUGCGCCUACACCGGCCAGCUGCGGAUGCUGCGUGACGACAUCGUUAACUACCUCACGGUGGGCAGCGUGCUGCAGAUGUGGCACAUCGUGGACAAAUGCACCGAGCUGCUGAAGGAGGGCCGCGCCGCAGCGGCCGGAGGAGGAGGAGCGCAGGACGCAGCAGGCGGAGGUGGCAGCUCGGCCAAUCCCGGCUGCAGCAGCAGUGAAGCUGGUGGAACUGGGAGCACAGGUGGCGACCCGAUUGCAGAGCCCAACGACCCCCAGAGGGGCCCCCAACCAUCCAGCCGGCCCUCGGUGAGCGAGAGCCAGUCGCCCAGCAGCACCAACUACUUCAGCCCCCGAGACGGGAGCAGCUUCCUGGGGGGAGGAGCAGCGGCUGGGGGGGCCUCUGUGGAUGGAGGCAGGGCCAGUAACACACCCAGCUACUGCACCCCAUCAGGGGGAGAGGAGGCCCUGCUCAUAGAGGAGGAGGAGGAGGAGGAAGAGGAGGAGGAGGUGAUGUACCACCACAGGAAGAGAGGAAGAGGAGGAGGCAGCGGGAGGAGGAAGAAGGUCAGCUCAGUGUUGGAGCAGGAGGUCGGAGUCAGCGACAGCUUCGGCGUUUCCUCCUAUCAGGACGGGGAGGACUCUGAGGCGGCGCUGCAGAAGCGUCCCGCCUACAGCCAGCCCAGCAUCAUGCCGCGUAAGCAGUGGGUGGUGGUGAAGACGGAGCGGACGGAGGACGACGACCUGAUCGUCGUGUCCGGAGAGGAGGGCGGUGAGGAUGAGGAGGACGAAGACGAGAGGGACAUGGAGCUGGUUAGAGAGCGGGAGAGAGCGAACUUCAACAUCUCCAACAUCAGGAGCCUUUCAGCGGAGCUGGCGGUCCGAGCGGAGAGCGACAUGGACUCACAGGUGGAUUACUGCCAGUCAUCAGAGGACUACCUCAAGUUUGAGGGCAGCCUGAUCGAGCAGACGUUAGCCCAGCACCUCCAUGACAGCGCUGCGGGUCAGAACCAGAGCGCCAACCGGGCCGUGUCGGCCCUGCUGGGUCAGGUCCAGUCCGCGGCCUCGGCCCGGGCGCAGCUCUUCCCUCUGGACAUGCAGGGGAACCAGAUCCUGCUGUACAGCCAGGCGUCCGGCCUCGCUCUGGACCCGGCCGCGCCGCCACUGGGCGUGGCCUCUGGCAUGAUGGGCGGAGCCUCUUUCAAAACGCCCGGCCUGGAGCACGGCGCCGUCCAGCUGCAGACCGGAUUGGGUCUGGACGGUUCUGAUGGUAGCGGGGUCGGAGGUGGAGCCGGCAGCGGCUCCGGUGGAACCACCAAGGUGUUCAUGUGUCACUGUGGGAAGACCUUCACCCACAAGAGCAUGCGGGACCGGCACAUCAACAUGCACCUGGACCUGCGGCCAUUCCACUGCCCCGUCUGCGCCAAGAAGUUCAAGAUGAAGCACCACCUGACGGAGCACAUGAAGACCCACACCGGCCUCAAGCCCUACGACUGCCUGGGCUGCGGCAAAAAAUUCAUGUGGCGCGACAGCUUCAUGAGGCACCGCUCGCACUGCGAGAGGCGCGGCGCCGACGGCGACACAGCAGGGGGCGGGGACGGAGGGAGGCGAGGAGGAGGUCUGCAGCUGCUGCUGGACAACAUGGCGGCUCCUCCGGAGGAAGCAGUCACCAUGGCAACACCAUGGCCACUGCUGCAGGGGCGAUACUGGGGGUCGUCUCCCAGAGUCUGGGUCCGGAUCACGGAUCGGGAAUGUUCGGAGGUUUGGGAUUGGCUCGAGGUGUGUGUGAGGAAGACGUGUGUGAGGUCAGCGCAGACGGAAGCAGCGUGACUUAAACCGAAGCUGAGGGAGCCAAUGGGAGCCCGGUUCUGGUGGUUCUGAAGGUUCUGGUGGUUCUGAUGGUUCUGGUGGUUCUGAUGGUUCCUGCUGCUGUUUUAACCUGGAAAAAGAGAAGAAGAAAGGAAGAGAAAAUGCAUUUUGUUGAAACUCCUGUUGGAGAAACAAUCUGAAGGACCUGGAGUUUCGGAUCGGCGGCCAUCAUGGUUGUUCAGUUCCAGUUACUUUUGAGUUAAAUGACCCAGUUCUUUUGCACAAACAGAUUUGAAAAGUGGCCUCAUCAAGACAGACCGUCACCUCAGAAUAAGCUGUUAGUUUCAAAUAUUCUAAGAUGUUCUGAAAGUUUAUUUUUCUUCUCCCUGUUGUUGAGGGGAAACCAGAACGCUGCUGGUUUCUGUGGGAAAACUUUCUGGAUUGCUGUGAUUCCUCUGCAGCUUCUAUCGUGACCUGUUGCUGUGCUCAGAUAAAAACCU